GCUGACGCCAACGAAGUAAAUAAAUUAAUUGCACCAUUCUUUGAUGCUGUGGUCUAUCAAAUGGAACUCGUAAAUAAGUGUUGGCUUGUUCAAAAGUAUCUCAACCUCGCCGGAGAUAGUAAGGAAGUAAAACAAAGCAUAAAAGAUUUGCCAAAAACGUUGGCCACCAUUAUUUAUAAUAGUGUUGCCCUUCGUAACGAAUUAAUUGGACUCGUAAGUGCAAUGAAAGCAAUUUCCGAAGAUUAUAAACUAUUUAUUGAAAUCUUCAACGACGAUGACUCCAAGGAUUUGGCCAUAACAGAAUACCGAAGAUCCAUUGAAAGAUCUUAA